UAUUUUUAUCAUCUAAUUACAUUUUUAAUCUAAAUUUAUUUAAGUUUUGAUUAUUGUUGAUAAUCCACCAAUUAUUUCAACAGUAUAUAACGACAUCAAUUACGGCAAAAGCGUUAUGUGGAAAAUAAUAUAACAUUAAAAAAAUGAUUGUGAAUUUUUUUGCUUUUAAAUUAAUUGUGAUUAUAGCAUUGAGCAGUUUUAAUGAAGUGCAAACAUUAAAUAUAUUAGGUGUUUUUCCAUUACCAGCUAAAAGUCAUUUCUUCGUAUUUGCUCCGUAUUUAAAGGAACUAGCAAAUCGUGGUCAUAAUGUGACAGUCAUAUCAUUUUACCCUCAAAAGGAUCCCAUACCAAACUACCAUGACAUAAACUUAAGCGAUAAUUCGCAACCUCCUCAAAUAAGUCAUCCAGUUACCAAAUCACUGUUCGUAAUUUUUCUUUCUCUAACUUUACUCCAAGCUCUUGCUGGACCUUUUACAUGUAGAAUGCUAUUGGAAGAUGAAAAUGUUCAAAAUUUAUGGGCAACGCAAACGAAGUUUGAUUUGGUUGUUGUGGAACAAUUUAAUAGUGAUUGUGGAUUGGCAUUAGCACAUAUUUUGGGAGCACCUGUUAUAGGAAUAACGUCUCAUACGUUAAUGCCAUGGCAUUACAGCAGAUUCGGAGUUCCGUACAAUCCAUCUUAUGUAACAUUUGAUUUCUUUGAAGGUGGACCGCAUCCAACCUUUCUUCAAAGAAUUUUAAGGACAAUAAUAUACAAUCACGUCAACUUUGUGUUUUAUCAUGUAACUCAUCGAUUAGAGCAAAAUAUUAUUGGAGAAUUUUUUAAUGAUGUUCCUCCACUAAUAGAAUUGGCAAAAGAUAUAAAAUUAGUACUCGUAUAUCAGAACUUUAUGCUAUCUGGUUCAACUAUAAUGCCGUCUAAUAUUAUUGAAGUCGGUGGCUACCAUGUAGCAAAAGUGAAACCUUUGCCUGAUGAGUUACGAAAGUUUAUCGAAGACUCCGAACAUGGUGUAAUAUACAUCAGUUUUGGAACCUUAUUGAAAGCAUCCACAAUACGACCUGAUACCUUGCAAGAAAUAAUAAAUGCCUUAGAGGAAUUACCUCAGAGAGUCAUUUGGAAAUGGAACAAACAAUCCCUUCCUGGCAAUCCUAAAAAUAUUUAUUUAGCCAAAUGGUUGCCACAAAACGACAUAUUAGCUCAUCCAAAGGUCUUGGCGUUUUACUCACAUUGUGGUUUAUUAGGCACCACAGAAGCUAUCUAUCAUGGAGUACCAAUAGUCGGUAUGCCGAUUUAUGGAGAUCAACCGACAAAUGCCGCGGCUAUAGAAGAAAGCGGACUUGGUGUACAAUUACAUUAUGUGCUUCUAACAAAAGACUAUCUUCUUGAGAAAUUUAAAACUGUUCUUGACCCUAAGUAAGUAAA